GAUUAAACCUCAGGGUUUCAAUUCUGUGCUGGCGCAAGGCAGCUGGACAAAGGCGAAAGAGGACCCCAUUUUGGCUUUGAGUUCGCAUGCAGCAAGCUGCAAAGAGCAGAGCACGUACCUCCUUUUAAUCAGCAACCACAUGAGCUAAAGCACCAGGGAGCAGAAUGGUGCCUCCUUUUCAAUGACAGCAUUUAGGUGAUUAUCGUCGUUAGCUGCUGUAGCAGUCUGAGCUCGUUGUGAGAGGGCCACCAACAUAGAUUGGUGGUGCGACCGGGGCACGCAAGCAAAUGGCGUUUCGCAGCUUCUUUCCGUCCCUUCGCUUUAUGCACCGCUUGCUGAGCGGAAAUGAGCCCUUCCAAGAAAGCAGCUUUUUUUUGAAGCAAGUAGAAGCAUCUCCUCUCUUUCAAUCUGGCCAAUCCUUGCGCUCGCUUUCAUCAUUGGUGACCCAUGCAGUUGAUUGCAGUGGUGCACAGCCUCUCAACUCGGAGAGGACUUUUGUUAGCCUUGUGGAUUCAAGCAGCUCUUUGUCUCAGUUCUCUAGCUUCUGUCAUCAACCUCAGUCUAGAUCAUAUUCAACAGAUACUAAUGAUGAGGAUUUAGCCAAGGAAGGGGAACAACCACCGCAGAAGGGAGGUACAGGAUCCUCCGGAGACGAAACCGGACUGCCACUGAUACAACGAUGCAAAAAUGUUCUCGUAUCAAACUGGAAAGGUCAGCUUUCCACGAUCAAUCCAGGCGCCGCAGAAGGUCAAAGGAACGCCGUGCGCUCGACGUUCAUAAGCUAUGCAGUACUGGACGGGAGGCCAAUCAUAUGGCUGCCACGGCAUGACGAACAUGAAAUGAAUAUCAUUGGCGACAAUCGGGCGUCUCUAAUGGCGGGCCAUACAGACCCGCCCGCCCUGGUGCAAGCGGUGCAGAAAGGCUGCAAGAGGCUCCCCCCUCUGGCUGUGAUCCUAGGGGAGGUUUCAGAAAUAGACCCUUCAGAGGCCGAGUACUGGCGCAAGCGUGUCCGGAAGCUGUCCGCGCGCGCACUGUCCGCGGUCGAGCGGGCGGGCCCGAAAGCGAAAGCGCUUCUCGACACCGUCGGGCCGACCGCCGACGCCCGGCAGAAAGCGCUUGAGGCGAUGGCCGGGGCGAGUGAACUGAGGGCCUACAGACUGGAGCCCAAGGAGUGGACGUACAUGGACGUGGCCGGGGAAAGGAAGUCGGGGACUGCGGAGGAGUUCCAGGGGGCGCUGACGGACCCUCUGGCGCUCGUCUCAGUUCCGCUGAUCGACGCACUCAACCGGGACCAAGGCACUCGGAAGCGGCUCAUCCUCUUCGCUGCAGCGUACAUGCAAGUCGAAGCUCGGGAUGCAUAUGUCCUGUCCAUCGACAGGUGGGGCUUCACCUGUUUAGUACAACGGUCCAUAAGCAUCGACCCGGCUGAAAUAGGGACACCUGUCACGCUCGAAACCGGAUCGAAUAUGGGAAAGAACGAGGGGGAAUGGGGCGAGUUCCGAUUCUCGUUCUCACACGAAGUUCGGGAUGCCGAAGGGUUCUGUGCGACCUUCGAGGCCAUGGAAGCAGACGUGAUACGGCACUACAAGGAACAAACUGAAAAGGAUUCUGAGAACGUCAAGGCUUGACCUACAGUAUGGAUCGCCCAGCACGGUCCCAAAAGCAUUGUUACAGUGUGACCAGCCUGAUGUCCACUGUUGUGAGUUUGUGCAUGUCGUGAAUGAGUCAGCUAGUCGCAAAUUUGUGAGGCUUGAGCAUCUUUCAAGUGUCGAAGACAGCUGUAGCUAGCGCUGUAAGUUCAGUCGAAAGAAUCACCACCUACGAAUGAUCGCGCCAGUCAAUACACGCGGACAUGUUUUUUCUUGGUACUUUGUACCCUUCGCCAAGUGAGAG